AUAUUCUGUCAAUGCACAGCUGAAAAUUAUUUAAUCGAAGAAUUCAGAAAUAUUUAAAUGCUGUAAAUUUUUUAUUGUAAUUUUCAUAAAUAUUGUUAAUCAGGAUUUAUAAAAUUAAAAAUAAAAAACGAUUGGGUGACGCCCUCUUUGGUGCACCACAGAAACUAUUUGAGAAUAUUAUUAUUGUUGAUGUUAUUAUUAUUAUUUCUAUAUGAUAUAUACAGAUACACAUGGGGGAGAGUAGUUUGUAAAUAUUACACAUGCAAGAAUAAUUUUCUUAUCAUUCUAGAAGAGAUAAUUGUGGAAUAAUUAAAGAAAGUUGAAUAAAAUAUGGAGGAAGGUCUAGGAGCUGUUGAAGACCUGUCAUUAACAGACACCAGUGAUGACGGUGAGGAAAGAACAGCCGCUGAACUUCUGACAGACAUGGAGAACGCCUGGAUAAACGAGAAAUUUGCCCCUGAAAUUCUCCCCCAUAAAUCGAAUCACGUCGACUGCCUCCUCCACCACAUCACCUACAUGGAUGAAAAUUUAAAAAGACUUCCAAGAGGUGAUCUGCGCCUGACAAUUCAUAAAAUGGAAAUCGAUAGAAUCAGAUAUUUAAUUUCAAGUUACUUGAGGAUUCGAUUAGAGAAGAUUGAGCGCAAUGUAAUCGAGAUUUUGAAGAGUGAGGGCCAGAGGAAUGCAGCGAGUCGUUAUUUAACGGAUAAUGAAUUGAAAUAUGCCAAUGAAUAUGCGGUGAAUAUGGAGACAUUGUUUAAGAGUCUAGUCCUUCAGCAUGUGCCGCAGAAUUUCCAGGAACUCGAAGUCGAUAAAUUGUCUAUUAAACCCCAGAUGAAUGCGCACGUUUUUCUACGGGCGAAUCGAACAAUCGAGGGAAUUAUUAUUCCUGGAACUGUUGACGAGGAGUUGGACUUUGUUCAAGGAUCUCAACACAUCAUACAAUACACAGCUGUUGCUGAUUUGGUUAAAAAUGGAUCUGUCCAGCUGAUAUAAUCAUUCCAAAAG